AUGAAGAGCGCUAUCCUUCUAUCCGCAUUCUCUCUGGCCUCUCUUGGGUCUGCUGCAGUGCACGGAGAGCGAGGUCUUAGCAGCAGCAGUAGCAAGGUCAGCACCACCACUGUCAAGGCACCAUCCAGCAGUAUCAAGACUUCGAUCAAAGCCACAACCUCCUCGUUCAAGACUACUUCGAAAGCCUCCAGCAGCUCGGCAAAGGUCAGCUCAAAGUCUUCGUCAAAGGUCUCUUCCACAAAGUCUUCUUCAAAAGUCUCUUCUUCCUCGAAGGCCUCUUCUUCUUCAAAGGCCUCUUCUUCUUCAAAGGCCUCUUCUUCUUCAAAGGCCUCUUCUUCCAAGGCCUCUUCUUCCAAGGCCUCUUCUUCCAAGGCCUCUUCUUCCAAGGCCUCUUCCUCUAGCAAAACCGCAAGCAGCUCUACCAAAUCAGCCUGCAAGAGCUCUUCUCUAGCCAAGAGGGCCACACAGACCGCAUCUACCAAGGCAGCAGUUUCGACUGCAUCGACUCUGAGCCUUGACUUCAAGGCUGGACUCUCAGGCUACCCCGGUAUCGAGACCCUUGACAUGUUUUACCAGCAAUGGGUACCUUACAUUUCAUGGUACAGCAACUACGAGCCCGUUGCUCCCAACAUCAACGCUUCCACCCACACUGUCGUUGGCGCUCCCAUGCUAUGGGGUAAAGGCGACCAAUGCCUGACCAACAACCCCGACGGCCCAGUCGAUAAAUGGCGUCUCGGCAACUUCACCGAAUACGUUACAAGCGGCGAAACACACCCCGAAGUUUUCUUUGGCUUCUACGAACCAGACUGCGACUGUCCCUCUUCCAGUCAUAUCACAGACGUCAAUUCCUGGCUCACCAACUUCGCCGCCCAAGGCGUCACCUGGGACAUCACCAGUAUCCACGUCAACAAGCCCACCGUCGCCGAAGGCAUCAAGGUAGUCGAGUACUACGUCAGCAAAUUCGGCAAGCCCGUCUGGAUCAGCGAGUUCACCUGUGUCAACGACCAAAACUGGAGUUCUUGUGGUGAUCAAGCUACUGUUAAUGCGUUUAUUGAUGGUAUGGUGCAGUACUUUGAGGGCAAUGAUAUGGUGCUCGCUUAUGGUGCCAACAAUGGUGAAGGCGUGCCUGGGGUUUGGAAUUUGAUGACUAGUUCUUGGCCUCCGCAGCUUACUGCUACUGGUCUGCAUUACCAGUCUGUUCUCAAGAAGCUUGCUAGCGGCAACUGCUAG